AUGUCGUCCGAAAAUAAACACAGAAUCAGAACGGACGUUAUGAAUUUGCUGAUGAGCAACUUUGACGUUACACUUGUAAAUGACAAGUUACAGGAUUUCCAUGUUCAGUUUCAUGGUCCAAAAGAGACUCCAUACGAGGGUGGUGUUUGGAAAGUUCAUGUUGAACUGCAGGAUGAGUAUCCUUGGAAGAGUCCUAGUAUCGGUUUCGUCAAUAGAAUAUUCCAUCCAAACAUUGACGAAUUGAGCGGAAGCGUUUGUUUGGAUGUCAUUAAUCAAACAUGGUCACCCAUGUUUGACUUGAUUAACAUUUUUGAGGUCUUCUUGCCACAACUGUUGCGCUACCCGAAUGCCGCUGAUCCUUUGAACGGAGAAGCUGCUGCUCUCAUGCUGCGAGAACCAGAGGCGUACCGUGCCAAAAUAAAGGAAUACGUAGAUCGUUUCGCCAAAGCGGACGGUUUACCCCCAUUGGCCGAGGAUGUAUCAAAAGAAGAAGAUGAUGAUGAUGACGAGGAAGAGGAGAGCGAGCUUUCCUCUAUCGAAAGCUUGUCCGAUGAUGAUGAUGAUGAGUAA